AUGCUCGCUGCGGGCUUCUCGGCCGUCCUCAACCGCUUCCCGCACCACGAGUCGGACAGGCGCCGGUACCGUCUCAGCGGGAAGCGCGGCGGCACGCAGCAGCGGCCCGCCGUCGUCGCGACUGUGCCCCGCGAGCCCGUUGCGCCCGGUGUCGCCGCCACGACGCUCCGCCGCUGGCUGUCGCGAUAG